AUGUGCGUGGGCAUCAUCGUUGACGCGUCCCGGAGUAAGAAGGCUCGCAUGGAGAUGGAAGGAAGUCUGCUCAGCGCGACGGUACACAAGUGGAUUGAAAUUCAGGAGCUCCUCUUCAACUCGGCGCUCCAGCACGGCGACACCAUGCCAGACUUCACCGGGGUCGACAGCAAACGGCUCGCGAUGGCAAGGAAGAAAGCUGCUGCACUGAUAACAAGCGGAUGCUUCAGAAUGGCCGUUGCCGUCCAUACGUGCCUGUGCUGUCUCCUUCUUUUCUUCUACGGCCCGUGGUACGACAUGACACUCGGGCCCCAUCGGCAGGGCCGACGACUUGAGCUCCACAUCGCCAUUGUGUGUCUUUCUGCUUUCUUUUUCAUCGAAAUCGGUACGAGAAUCUUUGCUCGCGGCCGUCUGUUUUUUUCGCGAGGCGUUGGACAUCCUCGACGUUGUUCUUUGCUGCCUGCUCGCUGGGACCUUUGGCGCUGGCGUCGUUUUGUGGAUGGGAUGCCCUUUUUCCAGACGUUGUUUACAACGAUCUCGCGAGUUAUGGAGAGCUUCCUCAGCGUGCUUACGCUUCUGGGCCUCUCGAUUUUCUUCUUCGCCACCUGGGGGGUCGUCCUCUUCAGCGGCGCCCCAGUAGAAACGUACUUCAAUCGCCACGCAAACUUCAAAAUGCUGCCGAGGGCCGUGAUGGCGCUGAUAGGCAGCUGCACUGGCGAGGACUGGCACAUGAUUCUUCAGCAGCUGCGGAUGCACUACACCGCGACAGACCAGAAACUGCUCCGCGUGACAGUUGUGGUCUUCUGCAUUUCCUUCAUCGUCCUCGUUUUUUUCAUCCUCAUGGAUCUCUUCACCACCGCUGUCCUCGACGAAUACAUGGACACAGUGAAGGACGAGAACUUGUGGAAUAUUUCGUGUCAGAAACGCGUCUUGAUUGAACGCUGGAACCCCAAGAACGAGCUCAGCACGAACUACAAAAGCCUCACUGACAUGAUCGCCCUCCUGAGGACGAUCGACCAGCCAAUGGGCAUAAAGCACCGUUUUCACCCCGAUGAGAAACGGCAGAAAGUGCUCAAGUACAUCGCCAAAUACGGCCUUCCAGUCUACGCUGGGGCGCGAGUCCAUCUUCGGGACGUGGUUCUCAACUGCGCCAAGCGAGCGUGCGAAUUCCACGCCAUGAGUCACGGCGUCAUGGACAUGCAGGACGGCCAGGUCGAGCUGAAUCCGCGCCUCAUCAGCAGUUGGAUGGGGAAGUUUCCCGAGCUUGCCCACGUGGAGACCAGGUACGACCUUCGCCACCACUUGGCCGCGGAGACGCUCCAGAGCUGGUUCCGAAGACAGCGCAUGCGACUCCACGGAAAGCUCGCGAACCCAGAGUGGUGCGCCGCUCGGUUUGUGUCUUUCGCGAUGGAGAGUCGAACGGCCCACCUCCGCCGGCCGAGCGGCCGCGCAGGGCACCGCGCAAGCCAGAUCGAUCGUAGAUACAGUGGGGUCGCGAGGCGGCGCAGUUGGCGGCGGUCUCGAGUGGACUCUGCAGCUGGAAGCUCGCAGCUCUCUGCGACAGCGUCUGGCGGCAGCUCGGAAGCCCUGCCGCAGCCAGAGAGACUUCAUCUUAGGGGGGCAGGCGGGUCAGACCAGGUCAGAAUGAGCUUGCCAGAGUCCAUUUCGACGCGUGGAAGCGUUCCCGGGUCGAGCUCCAACAGCCGCCGGGGAAGCAUCAUGACAGGCACCGACGUUGACCUCGCGCCCCGCGUCCUCUUCGAGUCCUGCAUGCUGGUACCUGAGGGCACGACCACAAAGGAAACCAGCUCGAGAGAACGUCUCAGCGCACGCUCUGCCAGUCGAAGCGAUAGUCUGCCGCAAGUUGCGUCAGUGGAGAACUCCCCUAGUGACGGCCCCCUCACAUCAUGCAUCACUACCCACCUUUCACAGACGGAAGAUCCCUGA